AUGCCAACCGGACCACCCUCCCCCUCCCCCCCUUCCCCGGUGCACCCUCUCUCCGUAACCACCUCUCCUUCAACCCGACAUGCUCCCUCUCGGCGAUCCCUCCCCCCCUCCUCGGACCCAUUAUCCUCCUCCGUAACCCUGCCCCUCCGCUCCUCUUCCGUUCGCCGUCCCGCGGGGCCCUCCCCCGCCGCCGCAACACUCUUCCGCUCGACAUUGUCGUUUAACACGCCCCCAACGACAAGGCCUUCGUCGCCGGCACCGAGUGCCGGGCCUGGGACGGCACAGAGUUCGCCGAGGUCGAUCAUGAGCUCUGGGGCGAGGAGCGUGAGUUUGCCACUGCCGCUGGCGGGGAGUAUCUUUGGCGGGGGAAGUCUCGUGGCGAAUAGGCAGGCCUCGUUGUUGGAUGUUGUUGCCUCGGGGGAGGAGGGGGGAGCCAAUACGACCGGGGCGCCGACAGACCCGCUAAGUCUGCUACUGAAAGCGUUCGUCCCGCACGUAGCGAUCCACGCCAGCGAGGACGUCGACGAGUUGGUUCGGGAAAAAGGGUUCAAAAUGGGGCUGUGGGAGUUGUUACGCCCAUUCGGGGAUAAAGUCCAGGGACGGGUAACUGUCCGCGAUAGUAACGGGGCAGCUAAAACAUGGGAGGAUUUUGCGAUACGGUUUGUGAGGUUCGGUGAAGGGAUUGAAGAACCGGAGCCACCGGAGCCGUCGGUGAAUGGGGGAGCGGAGGAUGCCUCGCGAAAGGGGAAGACGGAUUUGGUGAGGUUGGUUGAGAGGGUUGUGGAGAUGCAUUUACGGUUUGCGGAGCACGCGCAUGCGUAUAGCGGCAGCGGGGAGGAUGGAACGGCGAGUCCGGGGGCAGCAGCAGCAGCAGCAGCAGCAGCAGCGGCGGCGGCGGCGGCGGCGGCGGCAGAUACGACGGCUACGUCGCCUUACUUUGCGUUGUAUUUGCGCAGGUUGCUGUCAGGUAUGCCGGUGUCUUGUCAUGAGACGUUUGCGCAUCCGGUGGCGUGCGUCAUGGCGAUUAGCUCACGGAAUCCGAGCCCGAUUGAGGCGUUGCAGAAGUUGUAUCGCGAUACGAGCCAGGGGGAACGAAGACUACCGCCGUGGGUGGGGGCAGACUUCCUACGGUACUAUGUCCUUGUGCACGAUGAGGAAAACGGGGACAUCACCAAGUCGUUGGCCCUCUUCGAGCAGAUGAAGCGCAGUUUCGGGCUACACUGCCACUUACUCCGCCUGCGCAGCUCGCGCAGCGUCAUCUCCGACGACGAUUGCUUUGAGCUGCCCCGCAGCGACUGGAUGACGCCCGCCGAAGAACUCGCAGACAUCGAGGCCAGCGAGGCCCUCCUCGCCGCCGACGACGAUGACGCCUUCGAAGACCCCGCCCGCUACAUCUUCGAGUCCGACGCGACCGCCAUCCGGACCUUUGUCCGCGAAAUGGUCACGCAAUCCAUCGUCCCCACCAUGGAGCGCAACGUCUCGGUCUGGAACGACCAGGUCGCCUCUCGCCGGCGCGGUUUAUCAGGGCGUUUCAUGUCCCUCUCCAAGCGCUUCGCCUUCGGCAGCUCCAGCAGUCGCAGCAGCGUCCUCGGCGCGCCUGGGGCGUCGAAUACAAACUAUGACGCCGCCGCAGGUUUCUACCGCGCCGAUGCCCCCGAGGCAAUCAUGCGCCGCUUGGCCGACUACGCCUUCAUGCUGCGCGACUGGAAGCUAGCCAUGUCCACUUACGACCUUCUCCGAACCGACUUCUCCAACGACAAAGCCUGGCGGUACCACGCCGCCGCCAAUGAAAUGACCGCCCUCAGUCUGCUCAUCAUGCCGCAGAACAUGUCGUCCAAAACCCGCAUCGAAACGAUAAAUACCCUGCUAGACCAAGCCCUCUACUCCUACCACAUCCGCUGCGGCUCGCUCUACGGCGCCAUCCGCUCCGUCAUUCUGGGACUCGAACUUCUCCGAUUGAGAGGCGGCUCCGGCGUAGACGAGGCUGUGCGCUGGGGCGUGAGGGUGCUCGAGUCCCGGUUGUUAGGCCCCAUCGGCGAUGCAUUGCUCAAGGAGCGCCUCGCGGUCUGCUACGCGACUAAAUCUGGCUCGGGGUCCCAGGGCUGGGGGAGUCGUUGGCGCAAGGCGGCGCUGUGGAGUGUGCUCGCCGCGGAGGCGUGGUUGGGCCAGGGGAAGUGUGUGCAGGCGGGAAGGUGUUUGUCUCAAGCUAGAGGGCUCUGGGCGAAGGUUCCCCGGGAAGGUGGCGUUGCGCAGUGGAGGGGGGCGAGGGAAGUGUUAGGGGGGCUGGAAGCGAGGGUUAAGGAGGGGUUGGCACCGCCGAUGGAAGUGCUGGGCGAUGGAGGAGAGGGGGAGGGGAUUGAGGGCGAGGAGGAAGAGGAGGAGGUCAGUGAGAUGUUGGAUGAUAGACGGAGGGGGAGAAGGCAGAGCUUGAUUGGUGGUGUUGGGGCGGGCGUGUUGGAGACGGCACCGUUGGGGGAGGGAUUGGAGGAGGAGAGGGCGUCGGCGCAAGAUGGGUUUGGCUGA